CUCGCAGAACGCAGAGGAAGGCUCAACCAAGAAAAAAGAAGUGGAUCAGCGCAGAGCUCCCCCCGGGCGGGAGUGCGGGGUCUGGGUGAUGACAGGUGGGGCCCUGCCGGGGGUGGGGGGGGAGUGGGGGAGGGAAACAUCCCCAGGGCCCAGCACAGCCUCCCUGAGCGGCCAAGACAAGUCCUGACUUGAGUGCCAGGGUGGGCGGCCCUCCCCCGCAGACCACAGCCUACCUCCCGGGGCUCGAGCAUAACGUAAUCUCCUAGGAACAAGUCAAAUCACCAAUUUACAAAACACCCGGAAAGGGACACUUCUGAGAAAUCAGUUACCCCAGGGAGGGAGGGCGGGGCCUGCGCCGUCCCAGCAGCUGCAGACACUCCGCUCAGGUCUCUGCCUUGGGAAGCAUCUGCCUUCUUCACCUGGGACCCACCUGCUCCCCAAACCAGAGAUGAUCAAGGAGCAACACGAGGUGUCUGUGCUGGGGGCUCCCCAGAGCCCCAGGCCCAUGAUGUCCACCGUGGUCCACGUCCAGGCUGACACCGUGGUGCCCGACCACAUCGUCUGGUCCCUGUUCAACACCGUCUUCUUCAACUAUUUCUGUCUGGGCUUCGUGGCGUUCGCCUACUCCGUGAAGUCCAGGGACCGGAAGAUGGUGGGAGACGUGAUGGGGGCCCAGGACCAUGGGUCCACCGCCAAGUGCCUGAACAUCGUAGCCCUGGUCUUGGGCCUCGUUAUGACCAUCGGACUCAUUGUUCUUGUGGCUUUGUACCCAGGACUCUUCUAUGUGAGGAUAGGGGUCUAGCGGAACGGCAGAGGCUUCUAGUCGCC